CUUCCAAUCCUCAAUUGCACAAAACUCUCAAGCCAAAUUUCGAACUACGAACUUCCAAUUUUUUUUGUCUAGUGAUAAAUAUUGAUUCAAGAAAAUUUCCCGACUUUUAAGAAAUGGACUCAUUUUACAGGUGUUCAUAUGUUACUUCUUCUUCCUCGGACUCCUCUUCGUCGGAAUCUUCUCUGUCGGGAAGUAAGACUCCCAGAAAUUUCCUCAAAUCGGAGAGAAUAAAAGGGCCAUGGAGUGCGGAGGAAGAUAAGGUCCUGACCCGGAUGGUGGAGCGAUACGGCGCCCGAAACUGGUCAUUGAUCAGCAAGUACAUAAAGGGUCGGUCGGGUAAAUCUUGCAGGCUGAGGUGGUGCAACCAACUCAGUCCAACAGUGGAGCACCGCCCGUUUUCCACGGCGGAGGAUGAGACUAUCUUGGAGGCGCAUGCGAAGUACGGAAAUAGAUGGGCCACCAUUGCGCGGUUGCUCCCCGGCCGGACUGAUAAUGCGGUGAAGAACCACUGGAACUCGACAUUGAAACGAAAAUACCUGCAAAAACAAGUUCUAGAGAAAUCAACUUAUGGUACAAAAAAUGUAUCUUCUGGGUCUAGAAUGUGUCCUGUGAGUGAUGAUUUUAAUGAAGAAUAUGAUCCGAUGACGACAUUGUCCUUGGCGCCGCCUGGGUUGGGUGCAGAUGUGGUGGCGGAGAGGCCGAAUGAUACUUUUCCGACAGGGUUUUGGGAUGCGAUGAGAAACGUGAUAGCCAGAGAGGUGAGGGAGUGUGUUACGAUGUCGUUUCCUGAAUCAUGUUCCUCGGGUUUUCAUUAGCCGAUUUUUAUUAUCAGUUAAAUCAUUCGCAGUCGAUUUGUUUAAUAUUCUUUUAUCAAAUGUUAUUAAUUAGUAAUAUUUGUCUGUGCAUAAGUUGAAUUGUGUUU